UAUUCGUUUUUGUGCUCUCGACGCUGUCGGAACGUUUUAAAAAUAAACGCGGAACGUACCAAAUUAGCCGACUACAAAUAAAACUAUAGCUAAACUCUAAGUUCAAAUUGGAAUUCAAAUUGGAAACUGAACGACACUUCGGUUCAAUAACAGAAACUAUCGCAUUCUAGCACAACAAUAAAAUAAACAUAAACCUCAACAUGUUCAGCUCGUUUACAGCCUCUUUGAAGAACUUUGGCGACAAGACCGCCAACUUGUUCAGCAAGAAGAAGGAUGAGGCUGAGAAGCUGGCCAACGACAAAGCCAUCGAGGCCCAGAAGCUAGCCGAGGAGCAGGCCAAGAAGGUGGGACAAUCCGUGCAGCAGACCAAGAGUGAGGCCGAGCAGCUGGCAACCAGCACAGCUAAGGAUGCUGCUGCAUUGGCCGCUGCCGAGGCACAGAAGGCUGGCCAGGUCAUUGAUCAGGGUGUGAAUCGUGCCGCCGGCGCUGUCAACCAAGGCAAACAGGCUGUGGACAAUACGGUGCAACAGGCAGCUGUGGCAGCACAGAACACCAAGCAGGUGGCAGCCAAUGUUGCGGAGGCAUCGCAACGUGCUGCUGCUAAUGCCGUCGACCAGACCAAAAAGGCAGCCAAUGAGGCGAUCAACAAGAGUGUCAAGGCAGCCGAAUCUGUUGCCGAUCAGAAGCUCAAGGAGGCCGAGGGUGCCAUCGAUGGCGCCAUGAAGCAGACCAGCCAUGUGGUUGACCAGAAGCUGCACGAGGCCAACCAGUAUGUCGACCAGAAGCGCGAGGGUCUCGAGAAGAAUAUCCAGGAGGUUGCCAGCCACGCACAGGAAAGUGCCGGACAGCAGACCUCACAGCUGUUGGGCAAACUGCAUCUCGGUCAGAAGUAGAUACACCCUACUACCCUACAUUCAUCCCCACUCCCAUAAAAAAAAUAAAAAGCAACAAAAAUAACGUAAUUAAUUUCAUCUGUGUGAACAAAGAAAAAUGCUUUUAACAAAAAAACAAACAAAAAAAAAGAUGGGAAAUUUGCUUCAAUGUAACAAGUGCCAGUAAUGUGAUUGCUAAAUAAUAAUUGAUAAAUGUAUUUUUGGAUUUCACUUUUUUAUAUUCAGCGAUAUUUAUGUUUGAUUUUAUAUAUUGAGAACUUUUAUUGCAGCGCAGCUUUUGAUAUGAAAAUUUAUGUGCACACAAUUGAAUUUUUCUCUAAGAAACUACAAUGAUUUUUGACAUUAAGUUGUAAUUGUUUUAUACAGACCAAUUUGUUACUUUGAAGCAUUUUAUAUAUGUAUACUUAUAUGUUUAUAUGAGAAAAGAGUAGAGAAAGAAAUGAAAAUUAAAUUAAUACUGAGCUAUAAUUUUAAUAAGUAAAUUCUGUUCUAUGUAGAAUUGUAUGAUUAAGUACUUUUAACUUUUGCACAAUAUAUUACAAAUGUGUUUUGCAAAUGCAAA